AUGGGCCUUUCCCUUGCGAGCAAGGUCCUGGUAAGUGCUUCAGAUCAACCACAAGUACUUGAGUUUAGUAGCGGAAAACUAACAUUGCAAUCAACAGGCAUGGCCGCCUUCGAUGGUCCCUUCUUCUCCCACACGGCUGGCUACUCACCAGAACAAAUGAUCGAAGCCCAUGAGCACCUCGACAGGACAAUUGACGACCUCGGUCCCUUUGAUGGCAUCCUCGGCUUCAGCCAAGGCGGUGCCCUCGCCCUCUCCUACCUCCACAGAAAGCAAACGCAGAAUGAACUCCGCCCUUUCAAGUUCGCCUUGAUCAUGUCGUCUGUCAUCCCCUGCUCCGCCGAUGUCGGUGUCUGUGAGGAGGUUAUCCAAAGUCUCUGCGAUCAAACGGAUCCUUCAGCAGUCGAUCAGGAGCAGCGUGUCUUUGUCGAGCUUCUCGAUCGCACUGUGGGAGAGGCCAGAAAAAACAAUGCCCUCUUGCCGGAUAUUGACCUUAGCAUCUAUGAGGCCGGGGGUGAUCCGUCAUUAGCGCCAAGGAUUAUGCACCCUUCGUUCGUCAAGCAGAAGAUCUGGAUCCCGACUGUUCAUGUCGCGGGAAAAAAGGACUACAGCUUCAUGAGGGCCAUGUCGGACGUGGCGUAUGCUGUUUGUGAGCCCAAGUUGGCGAAGAAGAUGGUGCACAGCGGUGGCCACCAGCCACCACAGAAGCCGAGCGAGGUGAAGGAGGUGAUCAGGGCUUUGGACUGGGCUAUUGGGAUGAGCGAUCGUUUUGCGCACUGGAAUCUUUAG